AUGGACGAUGCUUUUGUUUUUCUUGCUGCGUGGAAAAGGAUCGAUUCCCAGAAGACCGUUCCAGACAGACUCUCGGAAGUUUAUUCGGAAUCCGCCAUUUCUGUUACUGUAACUUCAGUAACGAAUCUCAUAGCGUUCCUUUCGGGACUGUUUACACCUUACAGAUCCAUAUCUAAUUUCUGUUUAUACGCAUCGAUUUCUGUUCUCUUUUGUUACUUUUAUCAGAUAACGUUCGUUGGUGCAUGCAUGGCACUCUUUGGAUAUGUGGAGAAACAAGGAAGACAUUCUUUAUUCUUCACGAAAAUAAAUACACAAACAGGUAAAAAUAUAGCGAAUCAUUUGGUAGCACUUCAAGAAACUAAUGACGAUAAAUUUUUCUCUCUAGAAAAUCAUUCAUGGAUUCGAAAAAUACUCUUUACCACCGAAUCUUGGAAAUCUACUAAAGACACGACCACUCAAACGUCAUCAAUUUGGACAAAGCUCGGUAAUAUUUUAUUCUUAUGGUAUGUCAUGAUAAUUAUUCUCUUAAUCAUGGCAGGUUACGUGGCAUUUGGAGUUUGGGGAGUGACAAAAACAGAUAUUAUAGGAUCAUUUUCCUACUCUUCUGCAUACGAUUCUUAUUAUUUGCCGUAUCAUAAAAAUGUUUUUAAAUAUUUCAAGCAUUACGAAUACAGAAUCCAAAUCGUUGUCGAUCAAGAAAUCAAUUAUGCAGAUGUGGAAAUUCAGAAUCAAAUAGAAAAACUUUUUUCUGAAAUGGAGAGAGAAGGAUUAAUUGCAGAUUUUCUUACCGAGUCUUGGCUCCGAAGUUUUGUGGAAUUCGUCAAAGACGAUUCAAUGUCUGCGAUUGUAAAGUCGUACAACAUGAGCGACACAAAAGAUUUUAUUGUCGUUUUGCGCCGAAUGUUUCUACGUCAUCCUUAUGCACAACGAUUUCGUAAUGAUAUUGCCUUCAACUCUGACUAUACAGCUAUCGUUGGAAGCAGAUUUCUUUGUCAGACUGAUUUCACUGUUGACGAAAAAUCAUUCUACGUGACUUUACAGGGACUAAGGAAAAUCACUAAUAAAAUGCCAUUCAGAGUGUUUCCGUAUCACUUCUUGAAUUAUGCCGUCGACAGCACUGACUUGCAUGUAAAAUUUACUGUUCAACUGUUGUGUAUUAUUGUGAUAAUUGUAAUUUUUGUUUGUUUCGUUUUUAUGCCAGACGUUGUCGUCACGUUUUCGGUCGCACUUUCGAUUGUUACUAUCGAAAUUUCCACUUUGGGUUACAUGGCUCUCUGGGAUGUGGAAUUGGCACCAGUGUCUAUAAUUGUCUUAGUCAUGUGCGCCGGUUUUUCGGUGGAUUACUCUGCUCAUAUGUCUCAUGCUUAUAGACAUUGCGACAUUGAAGAUUUCAAUGAACGUCUUCGUCAUAGCAUCAAUUGUAUAGGAUUCGCAAUAUUUCAAGACCAUCCACUAUACAGCGAAGAAAAUAAAAACGAAUUUGGAUUUUUCAAAGAUGAAGCAAAAUCAUUAGCAAUAUCGGAAUUUCAGCAGAAAAUAAUUACUUCUUUGCGAGGGGUUUUGAGAUACACCAAAACGACUGCUACAGACUUAAGUAAUGAAACGUCUUCUAAGUGUUUGACAAGUCAAGCAGAAAGUCCUAAUUGCAAAUCAACGGUUGUGAAAAAAUCAAAAGGAGAUUCUCGCGAAAAAUUGUCAUCAAAAUCGUGGAAAUGUGACAUCUGUUUUGCUUUAAAUUUUGGCUCCACGAAUGUAGUGUUGCCACCUUUUCAAAAUCGCUGA